UGGUGCUCAAACAACGAAGAGUUGUGGCACUUGGCCUGGGUCCCCAUGCGUGGGCGGGAUUGAGAUUGCCGGAUGCACCAUAUCAACUUCCGAAAGGUGGGUGAUGGUACCGGCCGCGAUAUGUAUAUCGUGAAGGAGCAGGUUGCCCUGCGAGGCAAGGAAAACUUCCUUGGAAUGAAGGGAACAUUGCCCUUCAAGCACUUGGAUUUUCGAGUUCACGAUCCCCCACCGCCCAAGACGCAAAGAGCUAAGCCAUCACAGCGACGUGGGGGCAAGGCAUGGCCUCUCAGCCUCCAUCCGCAGGACUACCGCCGGGUCAUGGAAUCAAAAGAGCACAGCCCAGCGGGACUCCAUUGGGCAGGCGGUGCUGUUUCCAUGGCGCCAAAGAUCAAGGUAGAUUCUAGCAGAGCUGUUUGUGGCUUCGUGCUUGAGAUCAACCAGGCGCUCGAUCGGCUGAGUUAGCUACUUGGAAAUUUUGGACCCUCCUGGGCAAUGACCCGCUUGUUAAUGGCGCAGUGCUUCUGUCGGACUUGCAUGGUGCACACAUGCGAGCCCAUGCGAGAAAUCUUCAUGUUGAAGAGUCCGAUCCGGCUGCGUGACCCUGCGUCUUCGCAUCGCAGAGCGAUGAUGGAUGCAGCGCAAAGUUCGCUCAGUGUGUGCCAAGAGAUCUUGGACAAAGAAUCCGUUUUCAAAAGGUC